AUGUCAUCCUCACGUGUCUUCAUAGACAAAGAUAUCCAGCCCACGAUUGAUUACUUCAACUGGUUGACUUCUAACCCAGAGAUUGAGAAUCGGGUUAAUGCAGAUGAGGUUACUAGGGUUGAGACAAUGACAAUUGGGCAGAUCUUUGCUUACAUCAAGCAGGAAUAUGCCAAGGAAGCUUCUUUCAACUGCAUAGCCACAAUUGAUGAUGUUGAGCGUGACAGUGCAUGGUACUAUAUUGCCUGCAGCGGUUGUCAAACUAAGGCCACCAGAGGUCCUUCUUCAGGGCUGUAUCUCGCAAAGAUCUCUGUCUACGACAAUAAUGACCAGGCUGUUUUCGUCCUACUUGGUGAUGCAGGAACUGAGUUGACAGGGAAGCAAGCGGCUAAUCAAGAACUUGGUGCUGGCCAUCAGAUGCCUGCCCCCCAAGCUUUAAUUGACACCAUUGGACAAACUCAUAAGUUCAGGGUCAAGGUGUCUAACCUCAACUUCAGCGGCAAGAUUCAGGCUAUAACUGUUACUAAGGUUGUCUCACCAGAGAUUCUGCCACCAGUGCCAACUCAAACUGAAAUCCCACUUGAUGCGGAAGAUGAAGUUGCUUUGGCUACUGCAAGUGUCGUUGCUGGGUCUGGAAUCAAUGCUGAUGAUGGGAAUGAAAGUAGCAGUAAAAGGGAUGAAUCACAGGAGACUAAGCGUCCUAAACAUGGCAACUAG